AUGGCGGAGAGGGCCCUCCCACCGGCGGUCCCGGCGUCGCCCGAGCCGACCUCCUCCGCGGUCUCCACCGCGUUCGGCUCGCCGCUCGAACCCGCCGCCGCCGCCGCCGCGGCGACCACGCCCGCGCACGACAUGUACGUCGUCCGGGUCCAGAAGGACCAGAUAUACCGCGUCCCGCCCCCCGAGAACGCGUACCUCGCCGAGCGCUACCGGAACGCGCGCGGCGGCGGCGAGGCGAAGAAGAAGCAGGAUGGGCCCGCGUGCUCCCCGUGCGUGGCGCGCACGCUCGGCGCGGUUCUCGCGGCCGCCGUGCUGCUGGGCGCCGCCGUCCUGAUCUCCCUCGUCGUGCUGCGGCCGGGCGUCCCGAGCUUCUCCGUCGACAGGCUCACCGUGCGCCGCGAGUCCCGGCCGCCGCGCGCGGACUACGACUUCUUCCUCACGGCGGUGAACCCGAACAAGAUGACGGCGCUGUGGUACAGGAGCGGGUCGGCGAGGCUGCUCCACCACGGGACGACGCUCGCCGCUGGCAACAUCGGGCAGCCGGCGGACGGCGGCGAGGACGCAACGGACUUCAGCAUGGUGCUGCGCGGGGCGCCGCACGACGGCGACACGCCCAAGGCCGUGGACAAGGCGCUCGGCGGGUCCAAGGACCACCUCGCGCUCCGGCUCACCGUGAUGGUCACCGUGCAGGUGCACGUCGGCGCGCUCGGGUUCGGGCAGAGGAGGCUGGCGGUGGGAUGCGACAUCGGCGCCGCCGGGCUGAGGGAGGACGUGCACAUUUCGUCGCAGAGCUGCAAGAGCAGCUUCAUCACCUGACAAUUUUGUGUGGGCGCUUGCGCGAUGCAAUCGUGGGAACUGACGGCGCGGUCGUGGCGGCGUAUGAAAGCGAACGGGGAGUAAGAUCGUGCUCGCGCCUUUUGUGUGUAAAAUGCUGUGAAAUUCUUUAGACACUUAUAUGUAUGUAAAUUGUAAAUUGUGACGAACUGAUCAUGGCGUUGGA